AUGCCUGGCUCAUCCAAGGUCGUGCGACAUCGCGCGGUUCGCUGCAGUGGGAAUGCAACAUUCGCAAGUUCCUCGGGGUCCCUCCGUGAUCAGCUUCCCACUCUUGAGCUCCAAAAAUCUCAGCACAGCCUUCUCAGCGAGGGUGUGAGGUUUUUGGAAUUGGAAUGUCUCGGCAUCAGACAAGGCUCCAUCAACCUAUCUGCCAGCUUGCUCAAGGAUCGAGACGUUCUUGCCAGCGCUCGAGCUAAGAUCGACGGGGUUGCUUCAAACCUACGGAGUGUUGAAUAUGUCAGAAUACGACGACAAAUUACGGGUACCUUGCGAGAUAUUAUGCAGGACCUCGGUGCAGCCAGUAGCAGUGGCGUUGGAGAUAAGAAAGUGUUGGCGCGGGCAGUAGUGAUUGUUCGACAGAUUGAGAUGAACACGCCGAAAUGCUCUCGAUAUUAG